GCUCUCCCCACUCCUAGUCACAUCUACUUUUUUUUCAGUGUCCAAGUGCUUUCAGUGUGCGUGUGUGUGUGCGAUUGCUGGUGUGUGUGUGUGUAUGAGUUUGCGUGUGUGCGAGUGUGAUUUUGGUUUGUGUGGCAGCAGGAAUAAUAACAAACACACUCAGUUAACUCUGUCACAAAAACGAAGAAAUGCGAAAUUGCAGCGAAAUGUUCACACACAGCUGAUCGAUUGCAACUCUGCGUGAUCCCGUUAUGGCUUUUUUUUUGUUAACGUUGUCUAUACUAUGUGUGUGCGUGAGUGUUUAUUAUGUCUUUAUUUUUUUUGUUAUUUUUCGUGUAUUUCUUUCAGUUGUUUCGUUUGUCAAGUGCUAUUGCUCUCUCACUCUGAGUCAGCAGCGAAUGUCAAGCGGAGGGUUGUUUUUUUCGUUUUUCUUUAACGUGCCGCUCCCCUUCCGCCCUCGCACACCCCGCUCGUGCUCGUCACUAUCCACUCUCCACUCCACUUUCCACUCUCCACGCUCCUUGUGUUGCCUUCACAAAAACUUCACUUCCAACAACCACUUGCCGUUGUCGUUCCCGUCGACGUCAUCGCAGCCAUACAACAAACCGCCGAGACACCAACCCCCACUCCACCCCACCCCUAAUGUCAUUGGCACUUGUUUACCGUUAUUCUGUGUGCCUUAAAGUUGCGUGAAAACAAAGAAACCUUGAAGAGCCGUUAAUAAACUAUAGAAAUAAUAUUAGAAAAAAUGAACGGAAGAAAUAUAAAAAUAUUGAACUAAGACAAUAAGUGAUCUGAGAACAUCGAGAGAAGUGCGAACUGCGCUGAAAAACGUUGCACUCACCACCGCCUCACGCUCACCGCCUUCACCGCUCACCGCUCGCCCGCUAGUUCACCGCUAAUGCCACCGCCCACCACCACUAGAACUACUAAAACAACUACUUUCACCACAACCACUAACCACCACCACCAACCAAGAACCAAGAACAAAUAACCAAUAACCAACCACAACCACCAACUGUCAGCCUAAAUCACUUCGCAAUAAACAGUAAACAGUAAAGAGUAAACAGUAAACAAUAAAAGAAGACAACAAUCAAAAGAAAAGAAAGAAAGGCAGAGCCCAGAGCCCAGAUUCCGUGUCCACUUUGUCGUUCCAAAAUGUUGUCGUCAGUCGAAAAAUCCCCAGGCAAAACUCCCAUUGACCACCAAGCACAUGAGCUUGUGGCUAAAGGUGUCUUCGGCAUCGACUUGUUUCAUGUUGUAAUUCGAGGACUUUCGUUUAUUGGCAACAAUAAUGGUCAGCACAACAUUGACGACACUGGCUGCUGGACAAACAACUAGUAGCAGUAAUCAUCAUCACCACCACCAUCACCACCAGCCGCAGCAGCAGCAGCAUCAGCCGCCGCAGCAGCACCAACAGUCGCAGCAGCAGCAGUUGCAAUACCAGCGACUGCAGACCCACGCAGCAGCAGCAGCCACUGCGAGCCAGCAACGCAGCAGCUUCUACGCGCUGAACGGCAGCCUUGAUCACGACUGCGACGGCAGCAACUCAAACUACCAGCAGCAGCAGCAACAGCCGCAACCGCAGCUGAACCUGUCGCAGGCGCUGCUGUCACCAUCGCCGCCACUCAACGAUCAGAUCAGCCUGCUCUUCCCCAAGUGCCGACCCAAGCAACAGCAGCAGCAGCAGCAGCAGCACGCAACCCAGCAGCAGCAACAGCAGCAGCGACAUGAGCUCCUGGCAGACGUGAUUCUCAACAACAGCAGCAGCAGCAACCGGAGCAACAGUCCCAUUUCGGCGGCCAUUCCUACGGAGGAGAAGCCGCUGGCCAGUCCGCCGCCCCUAGUUACGCCCCUGAUCACUCCUGCGAGCAACAACACGCCGCCCAGCUACUACAAGAGCGUCAAUAUCAUUACACAGUCACCGCCACCGCACUCGGCCUCGUCGCACUCAUCGGAAUCGCUGUCCUCGGUCACGCCGCGCAUCUCCACGAAUCCCUUCCUGUGCGCCCCACUGACGCCGCCCACGCCGCCGGACGACGAGGAGCCGGAGCUGGAUAACGCCGGCGGAGAAUCCGCCGUAGAGCUCAGCAACAGGAGCCGGAGCAGGAGCGGAGCGGCAGCCCCCAGCGAGGAGCCCGAUUAUCCUUCAUCCUUCUACUACCACCACACCGUCGUGGGGGAUAGCCGGCGUGGCACCGGCGGCUACGCGGAGAUGCCGCGCAAAAGGAGCGCCAACCUGGCCGCCACCAGCAGGCAGCAGCAGUUGAAUAAUGGGAACGGAGCAGGCAGUGGCAGCCAGAAUCCUUUUAUCAAGGAGAACUAUUGGGAGGCGCCACCCACCAGAGCUAGCUCCCUACUCCACUCGCCCACGGAGUAUGCCGAGGAGCAGCAGCAGCAGCAGCAGCAACAGCAUCAGCAGCAGCAACAGCAUCAGCAGCAACAGCAUCAGCAGCAGCAACAGCAUCAGCAGCAGCAUCAUCAGCAACAACAGCAGGCUCAGCAUCUUCAUGCCUCUGCCAGACGAGCUUACCACCAGCAGCGGGAACAGGCUUAUGGAUUGGGCCAGAGAACGCAGCAACAGCAGCCGCAGGCUCAAUUGCGGGUGGGCAGGAGUCCGGUGAAUCGCAACAGCUUCCCGCAGCAGCAACAGGUGGCCAACGCAUCCGCCAACACUAAUCCCUGCGCCGAUGGACUGACUCCGCUGGCCAGUCAUUAUCUAUAUGGCAGCAAGUCAUCGCUGGAUCAACAUGCCGGCGACUGGGAGCCCCGGGAGCAGCGCAAGCUUAGGCUGCGCGAGGAGCGAGAGCGGGAAAGAGAAAGGGACAGGGAGCGGGAGAGGGACCGCGAACGGGAGCAUCUUAUUUUGGAGCAGCAGCAGCAGAUGCAGAUGCAGGAAGUGCAUGCGGCGAGGGAGAACCACCUUAGCCAUCUGGCAGGUCAGCAGCAAAGGAAGCGACAUGGACAUGGCGAGGAGCGGGAAAGAGAGCGAGAGCGAGAGCGGGAACGAGAUCAUCGUCUGGUCAAUGGCAAUGCGGAUCCCAACGAGAGCUGGCAGCAUCUGCGUGUGACGACGGAGAACCAGGCGGCGGAGGAGAACAGCAAGCCCAGCAAGCUGACCUCGGACAAGUCCCAGCUUCAGAUGCUCAACCAGGCCAGCCAGAGUCACAACCAGAUCCAGAUCCAGAGCCCGGAGGCCAGCAAUGUCUACAGGGAGCACAAGCUGGAUGCCUGGCAGCUGGAGCGCAACUUCACGCUGACCGUGGAGUCGCGCCAUGGCAUCAUAGAAUACGAAGGCUCACCGCGGCGCAUUGGAGUGACCACUAACAACUUGGUUGCUGCAGCAGCAGCAGCGGCGGCGGCUCAAGCAGCAGCGGACGAAAGCGAACCACCAGCCACGGGAACGGCAACGGAACCAGGAUCAGGAUCAGGAGCAGCAGCAGGAGCAGGAGCACAGCAGCUACCCAUGGCGGCAGUACCGCCGUUGAGUGCCACAGCCACCUCGCUACAAAAGACAGCGGCCCGAGCAGCACUUGCGGCCCUGGCCCAGACCCAGCCCCAUGCCCAACACCCCCUAAGUGCCCUCAGCGCCCUUAAUGCCCACAAUGCCCACAUGCCCCUAAAUCCCAACCAGAUAAACCAGCAGCAGCAGCCGCUGCAGGCCUAUCCCGUGCGUCCCGGGUUUCCACAGCGCAUCAUCUCGCCGCCGCAUCGCGAGCCUCGCAGCAGCUCUCCCACCCUGCAGCCGCUGCACAUGCAACAGCAGCAGCAACAAACGCAACAACAUUUCGCCAGCCUGAUGAGCAACCAUAGCAACAACAAUACCAACAACACCAACAACAAGCUGCCGCUGAGCAGCGACAACAAUGCGGAGGACACCAGCAACGAUGUGUCCGAGAUAGGCACCAUUUCCGACCUAACCACACCGGAGGUGGCGAUGCCGGGAGCUGGAAUCGGAGCCGGAGGAGACCUAGCCGGCCGGGCGAUGACACCACCGACAGUUAGUAAUGGAACGGGAAUGGGAACGGGAAUGGGAUCAGGAGCCGGAAACGGAAACGGAAACGGUACAGCAACGUUAGUUGGAAACGGAACCGGUCCUGGUUUGGGUCCUCUGAGCCUCCACACCAAAUCCUCGACCUUUGACUAUCUGUACGAGUUCUCGGAGACGCGCAAGGUGCUGGAGGAGUUCUUCAAGUGUCCCUCCACCGACGAGCAACCCAUCAUGGAGAACGGCAGCGAUGUGGACAGCAUUGAUAUACAAUACGAGUUUCACAGCAACUUUGAACGCGACGAGGAGGAUCUGGCCGAAGAGGAAGAGGUCGAGGACGAUGACGAGGGCGAUGAUGACCUGGCCGACGAGGAGAACGACGAGGCCGAGGACGAGGACGAUGGCGUUUUGGACCAGGAUCAUGAGCUGAACUACCGCCAGCAGCAGCAGCAGGAGCAGCUGCAGGCUCCUCCCACCGAGCGCCAUGUCUACGGCGGCUAUGGCCAACAGGCGCCACAACAGCAGCAGCAGCAGCUUCCCGUCAUUGGCAUGGGCAUGACCCGGCGGCACUACAGUGGCAGUCCUUUGAUGCGGGACUUUGACUUCUUCCUGGACUCUGCCAGUCGGAGCAGCGGCGAGCGGGACGGCGAUCAGGACGGACUCAAUCACAACCAGUUGCUAAGCGCCGGCAGCAAUGGCCAGGUUGGCGUCGGCGUCGGCGUGGGCGUGGGUCCGGGCGGAGGACACAACUAUCGCUACUCGCCGGAGACCACCGACUACGACUCCAACUGCGGCGAUCUGGACAGUCUUUCCGGCGAGAUGAAUGGAGGGGUGUCCACCUCUUGCUCCAACUACGCCAAGUACUAUGCCUCGGCCAUGCCAGUGCUGGAGGAUGGCCUCUCCUCCGGUCACACCAGCGACACCGAGAACAACAACAACAAGAACCUGCAGCAGGCGCUGGCCAAUCAGGAACGGGAUAGAAUUGGGGGGGGACAGGGUGCCGCCCAGUGCCCGCCCACCAGCCUCAGCGCCAGCACCAGCAUUGGCGGCAGUGGUGGGAUUUCCAUGCUGAUGGACAUGAAGCGCAUCUCCACGAACAACAGCCUGAACAGCAUGCAUAACCUGACAACCACCACGGCUUCCACCACGGACAGCAAUGGCAUCGGAGGAGUGGGUCCCAGUCCCCCCAGCAACGGACUGGUCAAGCCGCAAUCACAGUCGCAGCCUCCGCUCCUGGGCCAGAGUCCCAGCAACCACAGCAAAGUGUUCAAGAACAUCGAUCCGGAGCUGGAUUCGCUCUACUCGAUCAGUGUUUUCCACCGCCCGGACACGGUGCAGAUGACGCCACCGCCGCCCGCGCCGGCACCGCAUCGCAAGCCCAAUGCUAACAGCAAUGGCCAGGCCGAUGUGGAUCUGCUGCAGCCCAGCAGCAAGCAUACUCCCCUGGCGGUGGCCAUUAGCUCCACGCUGCAGCGCAGCUCUCCCACCGGAACCGGAGGCUUGAACUCGAAGCCAAGGAGUGCGGCCAGUAACUGCAGCAGCAGCAAUGGCGGCGGCGGAGGAGUGCCUCCACCCAUACCGGAGAGGAGCAAUCUUCCGCCCGCUCAACGGUCGCCAUCACCGGGCCUCAACUCACCCGUGUGGCUGUCACGUCACCUGGACGGCAACGGGGGCGGUGCUGGGAAGGCUCUGCUUGAGUCCGCCUCGGACAACCACUCGAAAAACCACAGUGCCGAUGAGGAGGACGUGGACACUGACCUGGAGACGGACCGUCUGCUGGGCCACCAGCGGCUGGACGAUCAGGGCUAUUACGAUGAAAACAAGAGCUGGGACCGCAAGCCGCGCUCGCUGCUCUCGAAAAUCUCGCCUAAGCAGCAGCAGAUGCCCAGCACCAAGACGCGCAACGGCUACAAUGCGCUGCUCAGCUCCACGCCGGAGCUGCCGCCACCGAUUCCGCCCAAGAGCCAGCAGUCCGGCCUGGGUGGACUCUCGCAGGGCAAGCUCUUGGAUCUGGUCGGUGGCAUGGUGCAGCGCAGUCUGUCGCGCAGCAGCUCCUCGGAGCACAGUGACAAGUCGCCCAGUAAACUGGUCACUACCACCUCUGGCGGUGAUCUGUGCUCGGCCGGAUCCGUGGAUGUGGUGGCCUCGGCAGUGGCGGCCACAACGGCGGCAGCAGUGGCAGCAGCAGCAGCAGCGGCGGCGGCGGCAGCCGGAACAACCCCGGCCCUGGGGAGUCCUGGAAAUGGAGGCGGAUCAGAGAGAUCCGCAGCGGGCGGUGGCGGUGGAGGAGGAGGAGGAGGAGGAGCAGGGAAUACCGGCGGAUCAGGAGCUGGCAUCAAGCAGCUUGGCGGCGAGCCUUCGGAGAAUGGAGCCUCCAAUGGAGGGACGGCAACGGCCACAGCCGCAGUGGUGGCCAAUGGCGGCGGUGCGAACACGGGCAGCGGAAGCGGAAGUGGCAGCAACAGCGGCGGCACGAACAUAGCCAAUGCAACGGCCAAUGGCAACGGAAGCGGAGCUGGCAGCAACAGCAACAGCGGCAGCGGCGAGAAAAAAGUGAAAAAGAGUAAGAGCAAAGAAGGCGGUGCAGUGCUUAUCGAGGGCGUGCUCUUCCGGGCCAAGUACCUGGGCUCCACGCAGCUGGUCUGCGAGGGUCAGCCCACGAAGUCGACGCGCAUGAUGCAAGCGGAGGAGGCCGUUUCCCGGAUUAAGGCGCUGGCCCCCGAUGGCGAUGUGCAGCCCAGCACCGAGGUGGAUCUGUUCAUCUCGACGGAGAAAAUCAUGGUGCUGAACACGGAUCUCAAGGAGAUCAUGAUGGACCACGCCCUGCGCACCAUCUCCUAUAUUGCCGACAUUGGAGAUCUUGUGGUAUUGAUGGCCCGCCGACGUUUCGUGCCCCAGGACAUCGAUGACGCCCCCAAGCCCAAUCGCACGCCCAAGAUGAUCUGCCAUGUGUUCGAGAGCGACGAGGCCCAGUUCAUAGCCCAGUCCAUUGGUCAGGCCUUCCAGGUGGCCUACAUGGAGUUCCUCAAGGCGAACGGCAUCGAGGACCAUCGCUUUGUCAAGGAGAUGGACUACCAGGAGGUGCUCAACAGCCAGGAGAUCUUCGGCGACGAACUGGAGAUUUUCGCCAAGAAGGAGCUGCAAAAGGAGGUCGUUGUGCCCAAGGCCAAGGGCGAGAUUCUAGGCGUGGUGAUCGUGGAGAGCGGCUGGGGCUCGAUGCUGCCCACUGUGGUGAUUGCCAAUCUAAUGAGCUCCGGAGCAGCGGCUCGGUGCGGGCAGCUAAAUAUCGGCGACCAACUGAUUGCCAUCAACGGGCUGAGCCUCGUCGGGCUGCCGCUGUCCACCUGCCAGACGUACAUCAAGAACACCAAGAACCAGACAGUGGUGAAGUUCACGGUGGUGCCAUGUGCCCCCGUCGUCGAGGUGAAGAUAAAGCGGCCGGAGACCAAGUACCAACUCGGGUUCAGCGUCCAGAAUGGAGUGAUCUGUAGUCUACUGCGUGGUGGCAUCGCGGAGCGGGGCGGCGUCCGUGUGGGCCACCGCAUCAUCGAGAUCAACAACCAGAGCGUGGUGGCUGUGCCCCACGAGAAGAUUGUCAACUUGCUGGCCACAUCCGUGGGAGAGAUACUCAUGAAAACGAUGCCCACGUCCAUGUUCCGCCUGCUCACUGGCCAGGAGAAUCCCAUAUAUAUUUAAGCCAGCCUGCUGGAGGAAGGAUAAUAAGCGGCGAUUAUUGUUAACUAUAAAAGAAACCAAAAAUCAUAUGAGGAUAUUACGGUAUUUAGUAUAUAUACCUAUACAUAUAUAGAGCGAGAUAGAGCGAGAGAGAGGGAUGUAUAUGCGUGUAUAGGUUUAGGAGGAUAUGAUUUAGCUUACCUAUAUAUUUACACAUCUAUAUAUACAUAUAUAUAUACGUUUUUUUUUCGUGAAUAACCUAGACAAAGUUCGAUCGGAGGCGAGUUGAGAGCAGCUACUACGACAAAUAAGGAAAGACGAAGCGAUAACUAAACACACAUGGCACGCCUUUUGCAAAGCUUAGUAAUAAUAGUUAAUAACAAGGCCGACGGACAUACGGAUAUAACUAGUAUAUAUAUAAUAACAAUGAUGAUGAUGAUGAACACAAUGACCUUUUUGCGAAAACGUCCUUAGCUUAGUUGAACGGCAACACUAGUCAGAGAUUAAGGCGGUUAGAAAAAGACCCCCGUCACCCCCCCAGAUCCCAUAUAUGCUUACGCCCCAUUAUUUAUUGUAAAAACCAAAAGGACACGAGCACAAGGCAACUCAAGACCCCAACCGAAUCGGGAUUCGCAGCAGGCAGCUCUUUUGAUAUAGUCUAUAUAUACAUAUAUAUAUACAACAUAUAUAUAAUCCACACACUAUAUAGCACCCCGAUAUAUUUAUAUAUAUUUAACAGAACGGAAUGCUUGGGUCAGAUAGUAAAUUGGGAAAUUGUCAAAGCGUUUUCCACUCGCACACAUAGCCGAGAAUUUUGAUAGUUGUAACGGAUAUAGCCUGAUCGUAUAUUGUGUAUUUGUAUUGCGUAAAUUGAGGAGCUCCUUACACACAGACCCACCCCACAUGCCCCAUAUAGAGGAUUUAGUUUAGCAGACACAACAGACACUCUACACUCUACAUUCUACACUACAGGCAGACACUCACUAGACACACACAAUCACACCCACUUAGACGCUUCGAUUUCAAACCAUCUUCGUCCAAAAAUUGUGCUACUACUCGUUAAACAAGUUGAUAGAUAUAGAGAGAGAGAGAGAGAUAGAGGGAUAUUGAAAAGGAUAUUAGAAAGGCAGAAAAAGACAGGCUUAGGCAAUGAUAGAUACGAAAGCGACAGGAACAGAGAUAGACCGGCAGAAAGAGACAGAUAUGGACGGCAAGAAAGAGAGAUAUCGAUAUCGUACGUACCUAGUUUCGCUUUACAUAGAGAGUUAUUGCGGCGAAAGGGAGACGGCAACAGGAACAGUCAGAGACAGAGACAGCGAUCGUAAGGGGCAUUGCAUUUCUAUGUGUGUGUACAAUGUGUGUGUGUAAAAUACUCGCUUUUCGGCCCACAAAAAAAUAAGAAAACAAAAACAAAAUGCAAUCCACUAAGGGAACUAUUAUUAACUACGAGUACGAUCUAAUUAUGCAACGGCAUUUAACGACUUUUGGCCGAAUUUCCGCUGCUUGGCACGGGCCACGCCCACGCCCCACAACAAAAAACAAAAAAAAAAAAACAAAAAAAACUAUUAUGAAAACCAAAAACAGCUUCUGCAAAAGAAAAACCAAAGUUAAACUGAAAGGAAAACGAAGAAACCAAUGCAUACAACAACUAAUGAGUAAUGAAUUGUUUUUUUUUUUCGUGAUGUACAUUAUUUAUAUAUAUGAAAAAUGGAAAUUGCAUUAACAAAUUUAAUGGAUAUAUUGAAUAUUUAUUAAAAACAAGAAAACCGCAUAGAAACUAUAUAAGAACCGAUCAUAACGAUGAUUAUUUGUAAAGGCGAACUAAACCCAGAAUAGAAACCGAAAACAAGAAAAUAAAUAAUGCAAAGGAAUAUAUAAUCACAUGCGUAACAAAAUUAUAAAACCAAAAAUUGAGAAUAAUAAACAGAA